AUCUCAGUCAACUUGAUCGAUUCCAACACAACAAAAAUAAAACAAAAUUAAAUAUGACUUCCAAUCUCCACACUCCCUAAACCCGAACAGGGAAUUUCCUGAUAUCAAAGAGCGUCAUGGCUGACAUCAAAACCACCAUUUUUCACACUGUCAAACCAUCAGUCAACGUCACUUCCCCAUUUAAUUCUUUUUUUUUCAGAGAAGUGGGAGGUUCGAUCCGUCCGAUGCAAUCUGGACUAACGCAUAAUGUAAUAAAGAUCUCAGUCGGCUGCAUAUCCGUCUCACAGCUUGCCAAUCAGUCCACGCCAACUAGAUUUGCCUUUUGUGCUUUCUUCAAUCACCCGUUUGGAUUUUCUGUCUUAACAAAUGGUUACCCGUUGGGGGUGAUGGUUUGGAAUAUAGACGUUUCUGGUACGAUUACGAAACAAAAGAGCCUUCAGGUCGACGAAAUGAGUGAUUACGGGGUUAGGUUUAGGGCGGCGGUGAUUAUGUCUCGAUUUUUUAUGGUUACGGAGUUCCUUGAUGACCACCCUUUAGAUAGGUAAAACAUGGAGAGAACAUCUGCAACUGAAGUAAGGUUAUGAGGGUAAUUUUUCAUGAG